AUGUCCGGAAGCACCCCUUUCCCGUCGUUUACCAAGACCUGGCACCAGAAGCCUUAUGCUCAGAUCUCUCCAUCCCGCCCCGAGCUGAGUGCCACAGGCAAGUUUGUGGUGGUCACUGGUGGCGGCGUUGGUAUUGGACUCGCCAUUUCCAUGGCGUUCGCCCAGGCCGGCGCCAAGACCGUGGCCAUCCUUGGUCGCCGACUAGAAGUUCUGGAGGCUGCCGCCAACCAAAUUCGCUCAGCCAAUUCCGCGGAUACUACCACCGUGUUAUUCGAGACUGCCGACAUCAGCAGGCGAGAUAGCCUGGCUGCCGCCAUGAGUAGCUUUGCUCAGAAAACCGGGGCGAAAAUCGACAUACUAGUCAGCAACGCUGGCAUUUUGCCCAACACUAGCACCGUCAUCGAGUCCUCCGUACCCGAUAUACGCGAAGGCCUUGAUAUCAACAUUCUUGGACCGCUCAACCUCAUCCAGGCGGCAAUCCCACAUACGGCUUCUAAUGUUUGUAUUUUCAACAUCUCGUCCGGCAUCGGCCAUUUGCCGGCAAUGCCUGGUGGCACAUGGGCCUAUGCUGCAACCAAGAUGGCCAGCGUCAGGAUGUUCGACUAUCUCCAAUUCGAAAACCCCGGAAUGCACAUUGUUAAUAUCCAACCCGGUGUAGUCGCUUCGGCGAUGAAUACCAAACAUGGUCAGAUGCCACCAAUGGAUGAAGCUGAGCUUCCCGGCAAUUUUGUCGUUUGGCUUGCUUCUGAAGAGGCCAAAUUUCUAAAGGGUCGAUAUGUCUGGGUCAAUUGGGAUGUUCAGGAGCUGAGGUCUCGCGCAAACGAGAUCGAGGCUACGUCUCUCUUACAAGUCAAGCUGAACGGUCUUGACAUGUAG